AUGGACACGAGAACUUUGGCACGUGAGUUGACGCGCGCGAGACUCAAGGAGCUGGAGAAGAUGCGGAAGGUGCUCGAUAAUAUACAGCACAGUUUGGACGAAAUAAUGGCAGCUCAAAUGGCGUUUCAGGGCCGUAUUGAUGAGGAGGAAGCACGCAUUUACCAGCUAAUGGCGGAUUUAUUCGAAGGGGGGACAGUUCAGGAUGGUACUUUUUCGUUUGGAGUGCUACUGGAGAUGGCAAUUCACAAUCUGAACGCAUAA